AAGCGCCGUCCGGACCCGCCCCCUGCCCGCCGGAGCCGGAAGUUGCGACCCCGGCCCGCACGUCGCCCCUCGCGGGCCGCGCCGCACCAUGCUCCGUGGCCCCCCGCGCCUCCUCAAGGUCUCCGUGGCGCCGGUCGCGGCCCUGGCUGUGGCGCUGCUCUCGUCGCUCUCGCGCUGCUCCCUCCUGGAGCCGGACGACCCCGCGGCCUCCGCGCUCAGCCCCUACUUCGGCACCAAGACCCGCUACGAGGAUGCCAACCCCGGGCUGCUGCCGGACCCCGAGGCGCCGCGGAGGGACCCCGAGCUGCUGGAGGACGCCUGCACGCCGGUGCAGCUGGUCGCCCUCAUCCGCCACGGCACCCGCUACCCCACGGCCAAGCAGAUCCGCAAACUGCGGCAGCUGCACGGCCUGCUGCAGGCCCGCCCGUCCGGCGACGGCCGCGCCGGCCCCGCCGGCGGCCGCGACCUGGGCGCCGCGCUGGCCGACUGGCCGCUGUGGUACGCGGACUGGAUGGACGGGCAGCUGGUGGAGAAGGGACGGCAGGACAUGCGACAGCUGGCGCUGCGCCUGGCCUCCCUCUUCCCGGCCCUGUUCAGCCUCGAGAACUACGGCCGCCUGCGGCUGGUCACCAGCUCCAAACACCGCUGCGUGGACAGCGGCGCCGCCUUCCUGCAGGGGCUGUGGGAGCACUACCACCCCGGCUUGCCGCCGCCCGACGUCGCAGAUAUGGAGUGUGGACCUCCAAGAAUUAAUGAUAAACUAAUGAGGUUCUUCGAUCACUGUGAGAAGUUUUUAACUGAAGUGGAAAAGAAUGCCACGGCACUUUAUCAUGUAGAAGCCUUCAAAACGGGACCAGAAAUGCAGAACAUUUUAAAAAAGGUCGCAGCUACUUUGCAAGUGCCAGUCAACAAUUUAAAUGCAGAUUUAAUUCAGGUAGCUUUUUUUACCUGUUCAUUUGACCUGGCAAUUAAAGGUGUUAAAUCUCCUUGGUGUGAUGUUUUUGACAUAGAUGAUGCAAAGGUAUUAGAAUAUUUAAAUGAUCUGAAGCAAUAUUGGAAAAGAGGAUACGGGUACACUAUUAAUAGUCGGUCCAGCUGCACCCUGUUUCAGGAUAUCUUCCAACACUUGGACAAAGCAAUUGAACAGAAACAAAGGUCUCAGCCAGUUUCCUCUCCAGUCGUCCUGCAGUUCGGUCACGCGGAGACCCUUCUUCCACUGCUCUCUCUCAUGGGCUACUUCAAAGACAAGGAGCCCCUGACGGCUUACAAUUACAAGGAACAGAUGCAUCGGAAGUUCCGAAGUGGCCACAUUGUGCCCUAUGCCUCGAACCUCAUGUUUGUGCUUUACCAUUGUAAGAAUGCGAAGACCCCCAAAGAAGAGUUCCGGGUGCAGAUGCUAUUGAAUGAAAAGGUGUUGCCAUUGGCUCACUCCCAGGAAACUGCUUCCCUAUAUGAGGAUCUCAAGGAGCACUACAGGGACCUCCUCCAGAGCUGUCGCGCCAGUGACGAGUGUGAAUUACCAAAGGUGAACAACACGUCUGAUGAGCUAUGAGUCACCGGACGGGAUCUUCCGUCCGUCAGGGAGUGACCCCGCGCUUGGAGUGGCUGGGCAAGCCGCGGUUGCAGGAAGCUUUCCCAGUACUUGUGUAUUGCUGUCUUUUCACAGAAAGACGUCGAGUUUCUUUUUGAAUCUGGACAGGGAUGUGUAAGCAGCGGUCCUCCCGGGGCAGCUGUCUUACGGGGGAAAAGUCUGUUGGGAAAAAUAGCCGGCACUGCACGUGUUGACAGAAAUUAGAUUCUUCCUAUUUGUAGAAGAACUCUCACACUGACACAAUAUGAUUUCACAGUGAUCCUUGAGGGUGCUGGAGUCACAGCGUCUGCCCCAGGGAUGAUCGUAACUUCACGGUUGUGCUGCCCUUCGCUUUCCCGCAGGUGGCACGGCUCUGCUGUCAUCCGUCUGCCGCGGAAAACAGGCGGAGCCCCGGGAGCGUCACUCUGGAAGAAGCUAGCCUCUCUAGUGAAGGAUUCGAAACGACAUUAAGAAAUAGAGUGUGAUUUUCAAAGGACACCUUCACCGAAGGAAGAUAGAGUAUAAUAAAACAGAUAUUUUAUAAAGUAUCUGAACACUUUUUCAGUAAUUCCUUUUGACCUCCUGGUGAGUCUUGCGAGGCCAUUCCUUAAUUACUACCUUAGCUGCUCUGCAUUUGUAACGGUGGAGGGACAAAGGGGACCAUUAGCAGCGAGUAAGACGGAAAGAAUCAAAGUUUCUUAGUCCGUUGCUUCGCAGUUUGGUUUGUUUGUUUUUUCAUUCUAUCACUUUGCCUCUUUUUAUAUAUUGCCUCUAUGUGAAAUGUAUCUUUUGGUUAUUUAUUGCUUUUCCAUUCUCCCCCUUCCCCUCCCCACCCCCCAUAAAGAUUUCAUCCUGGCUGGCUUAGUUUCGUAGAUCUGAACCCAUUUUUCAGAUACUUCUGAGUUUUGUCAGAUGCUGUGAAAGUGUUUGCUAUAAUAAUAAACAGAAUUCUUGUGACUUUA